AUGCCCGGUCGGAUCGGUGCGGCGCCGAGAGAUUUGAAUUCUUUCUCCCCUUCUCCUUCUUCCUUCCUCCCCACCACCUUAAGCUUCUUCCCCAGAACCGACCCAAGGGAUCUUUUCAAAAUGAUCGCUGCACGGAACUUCUCUGCUGCUCGUCAGUGCCUGCGCCCGUCCCGCAUCCGCUUUUACGCCAGCCCUGCGCAAGAGGCCGUUGCCAAGUUCAAGGGUCAGAAGGGUCCUGAUGGCAAGUACACCGUUACUCUGAUUGAGGGUGAUGGUAUCGGUCCUGAGAUCGCCCAGUCCAUCAAGGACAUCUUCGAGGCUGCUAAGGCCCCCGUCAAGUGGGAAUCCGUCGAUGUCACCCCCAUCCUUAAGGAUGGCAAGACCGCCAUUCCCGACGAUGCCAUUGCCAGUGUGCGCCGCAACUACGUCGCGCUCAAGGGUCCCCUGGCUACACCCGUUGGCAAGGGUCACGUUUCCCUGAACCUGACUCUCCGUCGCACUUUCAACCUGUUCGCCAACCUGCGUCCCUGCAAGUCCAUCGCUGGCUACAAGACCCCCUACGACAACGUCGACACUGUUCUCAUCCGUGAGAACACCGAGGGUGAAUACUCCGGCAUUGAGCACGUCGUCGUCGACGGUGUCGUUCAGAGCAUCAAGCUCAUCACCAAGGAGGCUUCCGAGCGUGUCCUCCGUUUCGCCUUCCAGUACGCGCAGUCCAUCAACAAGAAGAAGGUCCGCGUUGUCCACAAGGCCACCAUCAUGAAGAUGUCCGACGGUCUCUUCCUCAACACCGCCCGCGAGAUCGCCAAGGAGUUCCCCGACAUUGAGUUCGACGCUGAGUUGCUGGACAACUCUUGCCUCAAGAUCGUCACCGACCCUACCCCCUACAACGACAAGGUUCUUGUCAUGCCCAACUUGUACGGUGACAUUCUGUCCGACAUGUGCGCCGGUCUCAUCGGUGGUCUCGGUCUUACUCCCUCCGGUAACAUCGGUGACGAGUGCUCCAUCUUCGAGGCCGUCCACGGUUCCGCCCCCGACAUUGCCGGUCAGGGUCUCGCCAACCCCACUGCUCUGCUUCUGAGCUCCAUCAUGAUGCUGCAGCACAUGGGUCUCCACGACCACGCCGCCCGCAUCCAGAAGGCUACCUUCGACACUCUCGCCGAGGGCAAGUCCCUCACUGGUGACCUUGGCGGUAAGGCCAAGACUCACGAGUACGCCGGAGCCAUCAUCAAGCGUCUGUAA